CAAGAAUCACCGAGUCCCCUACCUACCUUGCGUCUACCAAAUCAGCAUCCGGUCAACCUCGCUACCACCAAAUCCCAUUCCUGGAUUCAGCGAAUCACUCUAUAUAAUUUUAUUCUUGCGGAGAUCGUUUGAAAUAAUUAUUCAAUUCCGUCACGUCGCUGCCAUACAGAUCAUUCUUAUAAUCAAUGGUUUUAUGUUGAAGUUUGUGUUCGUUGCUCGCAGAUUUCAAUCAGAACUCAUUCAAAGCUUCUCCAUUUUCAGGUCAAAGAGGGGCGUAAAGAACUGCGCAAUGGCGCCUCCACCAGUCUUGGCUCUAGCGCUGCCAUCAGAAACCGGUCGAGUUCUAAGUAUCCAGUCGCACACUGUUCAGGGAUAUGUGGGUAACAAAUCAGCCGUGUUUCCUCUACAAUUACUUGGCUAUGAUGUUGACCCUAUCAAUUCUGUACAGUUCUCAAACCACACAGGGUAUCCGACUUUCAAAGGCCAAGUUUUGAAUGGAGACCAACUUUGGGAUUUAAUUGAGGGCCUUGGGGCAAAUAACUUAUUGUACUAUACUCAUCUACUUACAGGUUAUAUUGGUUCGGUCUCGUUUUUGAAUACCGUUCUUAAAGUUGUAGAGAAGCUAAGGUCUAUCAACCCAGAACUUACGUAUGUUUGUGAUCCAGUUUUAGGAGAUGAGGGAAAACUCUUAUGUACCUCAGGAAAUGGUAUCGGUAUAUCGGGAGAAGGUUGUACCUGUUGCAUCUAUGUUGACACCAAAUCAAUUUGAAGCUGAAUUGUUGACAGGUUACAGGAUUUUGUCUGAGCAAGAUGGUAGGAAAGUUUGCAACAUUCUUCAUGCCUCUGGACCAUCAAAGGUUGUCAUAACAAGCAUAAAUAUAGAUGGCAAUCUUCUCGUAAUCGGAAGCCAUCAGAAAGAUAAGGGUCAACUUCCUGCACAGUUCCGGAUUUCAAUUCCCAAAAUUCCUGCAUAUUUCACGGGGACAGGAGAUCUUAUGACUGCACUUUUGCUUGGAUGGAGCAAUAAAUAUCCCAACAACCUUGAUAAAGCAGCAGAGCUUUCAGUGUCAAGCUUGCAGGCACUCUUGGUGCGAACGGUGAAUGAUUACACAAGAGCAGGCCACGAUUGCCAGUCGAGCAGCUUAGAGAUUCGUUUGAUCCAAAGUCAAGAUGAUAUUAAAAACCCUGAAAUCAAAUACAAGGCUGAGUUAUACGACUAAGAGUGCAGUGGCAUUGUUUAGUGCCCCAACGGCUAAUUUGAUUCAAUACAACAGCAAUAGAAUAGAAAGUUAAAAUGUACCACAAAGAAGGAAAAAAUAGAUGUCAUGUUUGUCGUGAUUUUUCAUCUUUGUUCCUUUCCUUUUUCUUUUCCUAUUUUAAGUGCAAGGAAUGGAGGAUUAGUAGAUGAGCUAACAAUGUCCAAAGUGUUUGAUGGAGAGUUUUUUGUUUUUAUGUCGCCAUGUUAAACUCCAAUAAAUAUAUAAGCCCCAGCUGCACUAUAACUGUAUAAUUAUUCGAUGACUUCUUUUUCU